UUGUCUUUAAAGGAAUAUGGUGUAAUUUAGCCACCCAUUGCUCAUGCAUUAGACACGAAUUCUUUGCAAUCAGCUGUUUAACGUCAUUGACGUGACACUGACAAAUGACAAAAUACAACAAUGUCGACAGCAACUGCGCUUACGUACGAAGACCUUCGCAAACAGGCGCGGCUGUUAGAAAACGACAUCGAUCUAAAGCUGGUAGCUUAUAGCAAAUUGGGGGCAGGAAUAAACACACCUCAUCACAAGCAUGAAAGUGACACAGUCCCGCUACUUUCCGGCGAAGACACGUUCGAGUCAAUGUCAAUGGAAAUUGAGCAGCUCCUUAAAAAGUUGACGCAAGUGAACGAACGAAUGACCGAACAACCGGUAUCGGGUGCCGCCAUGUUACACACGCUACAAAGGCACAGAGACAUUUUAGCCGACAUGUCUCGCGACUUUCACAAGACCAAUUCUCAGCACGAGGCGAGACGCGAACGCGAAGAUCUACUCAAGACCAAUAAGAAAGAUUCCUUUCGACCCGAGGGUAUCAAUCGACGCGAUCAGUAUCUGAAGGAAAACUCGCAUAUACAAAACUCUGAUCGCCUGGUCAACGAACAGAUAGCGAUCGCCGUCGAAACCAAGGAGCACUUGUUGAGCCAACGUCAGACGUUCAAGCGAUUUCAGACGAGAUUCAACGACAUCUCAAAUAGAUUUCCCGUAUUAAAUAGUCUUAUUCAGAGAAUAAACUUCCGAAAGCGUAGAGAUUCGAUUAUUAUCGGGGUGGUGGUCGCGCUCUGUACGUUGCUGCUACUUUUCUACGCUUUUCAUUAGAUUUAAUUUUAUAAUUAGCUUUAAGGGUGCAGAAGUAAAAUUGUAUAAUUGGAAUUUUUCUUAAUAUAUUUUAUUAUUUGUACA